UCUCCCCAGCUGCUGCUGGAUUUCUUCAGCAUAAUUUGUGAUCCUAGCAUCUGUAGUACUUUUGCCUUUGAAGAAGUUGGCCCGUGCCUCUAUUCCUGGUGAAGGGCUUUUGCCCAAAACGUCGAUUUUCCUGCUCCUCGGAUGCUGCCUAAAUUGCUGUGCUUUUCCAGCAUUACUCUGAUCUUGAAUUUGGUUUCCAGCAUCUGCAGUCAUUGUUUUUAUCCCCGACAGGAAAACUGUGACCACUUCAUCACCUCUCCCCCCACCAAAAAAAAUCUAUAAAUGGACAAAAUGUGAAUUAUUGAUGCUGUAAGUCUGUGUUGGGGAUGUUGAGUUAGGUGAGAAUGUGAUGAGUGCUGACACUCGUCGCUGCCUCAGUGUGUGUCUGAAGCUUCCAGCCUCUCGUCAUCAGCCUCUAUCUCUCUCUCCCUCCCUCCCUGAGACAGAAGUGGACCAGAAACUGCAGGACCAGGAACAGCACCAGGACUCACAUCCGCAUCCAAACCACCAUGCAGGCCGACGAGAAGCUGCACUGCCAGAGCCCGGGCUGCUCCAUCCAAGUCAGCAGGAUCAUGCGUCCCGAUGAUGCCAACAUUGCAGGCAAUGUUCAUGGAGGUACAAUAUUGAAAAUGAUAGAAGAGGCUGGCAUCAUUAUCAGUACCAGGCACUGCAACAGGCAGAAUAAAGAACGCUGUGUUGCUGUAUUGGCUCGUGUGGAGCGCACAGACUUUCUCUCACCAAUGUCCAUUGGGGAUGUAGCUCACGUCAGUGCGGAGAUAACCUAUACGUCAAAGCACUCUGUUGAAGUCCAAGUUAAUGUCAUGGCUGAAAAUAUACUCACAGGUGCUAAGCGAUUGACCAACAGGGCAACACUGUGGUAUGUGGCACUGUCUCUGGAGAAUGUAGAUAAGGUGGUGGAGAUUCCUUCUGUGCAGUAUGCAAAUCCAGAACAGCAAGAAGAAGGUAGAAAGAGGUAUGAAGCUCAGAAACUGGACCGGAUAGAGACAAAGCAAAGGAGUGAAGAUAUCAUCUUGCCUGCCAUCAAUGUGGACCGACAAUCUAAAGAGCCAUAUACUGUAGGAUACAGCCAAUCUAGUCUGAUUCACCUUGUGGGACCAUCUGACUGUGCCCUCCAUAAAUUUGUUCAAGGAGGUGUCACUAUGAAAUUGAUGGAUGAAGUAGCCGGUAUCGUGGCAGCUCGUCAUUGCAAGACCAACAUUGUGACUGCAUCGGUCGACGCAAUAAACUUUCACCAGAAAAUUCAGAAAGGAUCUGUAAUGACUGUUUCUGGUCGAAUGACGUUUACAAGUAACAAAUCUAUGGAGAUUGAAGUUUUUGUGGAUGUUGACCAUGUCAUGGAAAGUCCAAAAGGAAAGGCUCCUGCUGUUACUGCAUUCUUUACUUAUGUUUCCUUGGACAAAGAAGGAAAAGCACUUCCUAUUCCUAUGUUGAAGAUUGAAACAGAAGAUGAAAAGAGACGGUUCGAAGAAGGAAGAAACAGAUACUUACUCACCAAAGCCAAAAGGAUGGCUCAAAUGCAGAAGAGUCAAUGAUGCACAAACCAUCUAUAGCCCAAGGCAGCUAAUGAGAAGUAUUUGACAUUCAGCACUGUAUUACUUGAAAAUUAUUUGAGUCUUAAAUGUUAACCAAAGCACUAUUGUGUACUAUUUAAAACCUAGAUUGUAUUCUAUUUGACAAAUCUAUGCAUUCCAUUGAGAUGUUAUACUAUUGAAAAUAUAUCAUUAUAGAAAUAAAUGCUGCUAGGCCUUGGCUUA